GGAGCAGGAAGUGGGAAGUCUGCGGGAAGGAAAUCAGACUACUUUUCUCUUUAAAACGAUUGUAAGGAUUUUCGCUCUGUACUCGUUAUUUACUUCAAAAUAUUUGCUUUAAGGAGGACAUCUCAGUAAGCCAUGUGGAAAGCAGCCGUUGGUCAGUCUGUCUCUGUUGCAGUCGAUGAUGGAGGAGAUGACUGGGAGACUGACCCUGAUUUUGAGAAUGACGUGUCAGAAAAGGAGCAGCGAUGGGGUGCCAAGACUGUGGCUGGCUCUGGACAUCAGGAACACAUAAAUAUUCAUAAGCUGCGUGAGAAGGUGUCAUGUGAACACAGUGACCUGAAGCAGAAAGAGCUGGACAACAUGCCCAAAGCAUCUCAUGGAUAUGGAGGAAAAUUUGGACUGCAGCAGGAUCGCAUGGAUAAGUCUGCUGUGGGUCAUGAGUAUCAGAGUAAAUUGUCUAAGCAUUGCUCUCAGACCGACACAUCGAAGGGGUUUGGAGGGAAAUUUGGAGUGGAAGCUGAUCGUGUUGACCAGUCUGCUGUGGGCUUCGAGUAUGCUGGAAAAACAGAAAAACAUGCCUCGCAAAAAGACUACGCCACUGGGUUUGGUGGCCGCUACGGCGUGCAGGCAGAUCGCGUGGAUCAGAGCGCUGUUGGCUUUGAUUACCUGGGUAAAACUGAAAAACACGAGUCGCAGAAAGAUUAUGCCAAGGGGUUUGGCGGCAAGUUUGGUGUGGAGACUGAUAAAGUUGACAAGAGUGCUGUGGGAUUUGAGUAUCAGGGCAAGACUGAAAAACAUGAGUCACAGAAAGAUUAUGUCAAGGGAUUUGGGGGGAAGUUUGGCGUUCAGACGGAUCGUCAGGAUAAAUCUGCAUUAGGGUGGGACCACCAGGAGAAACUGCAGCUGCAUGAAUCACAGAAAGAUUAUUCUAAAGGAUUUGGAGGGAAAUAUGGUGUGCAGAAGGACCGAAUGGACAUGAGCGCCAGCACGUUUGAGGAGGUGGAGAAACCAAGUGCUGCAUAUCAGAAGACCAAACCCGUUGAAGCAGCUGGCAGCAAUGCUGGCAACUUUAAGGCUCUGUUUGAGAAUAUUGCAAAACAGAAAGAGGAGGAUGAUAAAAAGAAAGCAGAGGAGGAGCGUGCUAGACGACAGACCAAGGAGAAUAAGGAGCAGGAGGAGGCACGCAGAAGGCAGAAGACGGAAUCUGCAAGUGAGAACGUGGAGAACGGUGCUAAUGUGGAUGUGGGGAAACCUGCUGCAGCAGAAUUCACAUAUGAAGAACCGCUUCAGGAAGACUUGUACCAGAACCCUGAGCCGGACAGUCAGUACCAGAACUCUGGUGAUCAGUCAUAUGAGCAUGGAGAGGAUCUGGGUGUGACCGCUGUAGCUCUGUACGAUUAUCAAGCUGCGGGUGAUGACGAGAUUUCCUUUGAUCCUGAUGACAUCAUCACCAACAUUGAGAUGAUCGACGAGGGCUGGUGGAGGGGGGUGUGUCGUGGUGCGUACGGACUCUUCCCUGCCAAUUAUGUUGAAGUUCGGCAAUAGACCCGCUUUAUGCACUGUUUAAAUUGCAGUGCAUCUUUGUAGAACAUGUCACCCAGCGCUUCCACACCUCCACUGCUUCAUCCCUUCACUCCUGCUUCUCUUCUCUGUAGUGUACUAGGCGCUCUCAGACUGCUCCCUUCAGCUGAAACUCGAACUCUACAGUUCACGUUACUUUAUCCUGUGUAGGUGAAUGAGACUUUACUCCAACCACUGCCAAUAUAAAUUUGAUGAUACUUAUAAUUUGAUUCACUCCAUAGUGUGUACACACCCACAUGAGACUGUAAAGUAGAGGUGGUUGACCAAAGAUAGGGGAAUAAUGUCAGUUAUCAUGUACAUGGGUGGGUUCUUCAUGGAAUAAGUCUGUGGUGACUCCUAAAUCUGCGAAAAUUCUUUAUCUUUUUCUCUUAUCUAGCAGUGUUUGAUAAAGGCCUAUAAAAUAUUUCUGGUAUUUGAAGAGGUAUGUAUUGAAAUCAGAUGAUUGUGGCUUGUUCUGUAGUGUGAAUGUAUGUCUCGUGUGCUUCUUUCAUUUCUGAUUUAUAUGUAUGUAAAUUCUGUGGGUAUAUUUGACUAAAUCUUGAGUCUGCGAGUGUAUGACAUGUCUAAUAGUGAUUGCUGAAUCAUUUUCAAGCGAUCUUUUGACAAUUGUCAAUAGUGCAGGUGCAGUGGAAUAUUGUAUGAAGGCUUGGCAAUGAUUAAUGUCAUGUAUCUGUGUUGCAUUUUUUAGUUGUGACCUUUGAAAACAUUGUCUCUGCUUAACUACAUUGGCCCUCUUUCCAUGUUUUUAUAAAAAUAUCAAUUAAGAAUAAAGAAAUG